GAUGUCGACAAAAAAAAAAAGAAGAGAACACGAGAUACAUUGAACCUAGACACUUUGCAAUCCCAAAUACCAAAACUCAAAAUAUGCCUAUUAAAAGGACCAUCAACACAUAGAAGAGAAUUUAACAGUUUAACACAAGAAGCAGCAAAACCACCUAACUCAAAUUGUUGUCUAUAUACAAGAAACAUAAUCAUAAUGGGAAAAGGAGGAGGUUAUGUGACGGUGGCGGCGGAAGAAGUGGAGGAGUUACGGAGGAGGAACGGAGAGUUGGAGAGAGAAAUGGAGGAGAUGAAGAAAGAGAUGGUUCAGCUGUGGCGGCGUACGGUGGUGGCGGAGGAGGCCGAGGAGAGACUCUGCUCGCAACUGGCGGAGCUAGAGGUCGAGUCUUUAGAUCAGGCGCGUGACUAUCACUCUCGUAUAGUCUUUCUCAUGGACCAAAUCUCUCGUCUCUCUUCUUCCUCUCUUGAAGUCGUUGUUACGAAUUCGUAGAUAGAUUAAUUAUUAUUUUGUCUUUAGCUUUUUUUUUUUUUUUAAUUGUGGGAUCCAAGUAGUUUAAUGUGUUAAAAAGAUAUGUAAAGAAAUUUUGCAUAAGUAUUACAAAUUUUCAUUUUCUUCAUAAUCCUUUAAAAUUAUGUCCAGAAAAAAGUGUUUAACCAUGUUGACAAAAAUUUGUUUUAGGGGAAUUUGAAGUUAUAUUUCCUCGAAUUCAUGCAACAUUUGUGAUUGCAGAGACGUCUCAGAAAG